ACUAAAUUUAAUUUAACGAAGAAGAAGAAGCUCCAGAGACGUCAUUGCGAUAGUCGGCGGGAAAAAGUCAGUUUGGGCCAUCGUUCCAUCUACUUCGACUUGUUUACCUUACUUUCACUGACACAAAAAAAACCUCCCAACCCGUAGGACUCCCACAACCUCUCACUGUAAUUAAAGGUUGAUCAUCUCCAAUCAUGUCCGACCAUCUGAUGCGAGGUGUCCAGGUCCAGCUGACCACAGCGAUGGACAAUGUCUUGAGGACGACCGUGUUUGAAGUCAUGAGGAUUUUUGAAAGCGCGUUCCAUGACCAUAAAAUGGAGUUGGUGCAGAAGGGAGAAGAGAUUGCUCAGCUCAAAGUAAAGCUACAAACUGCAGAGCUUAGGAUAAAAGACUUUGAGGUGCACAAUAAAAGAGGAGCAGAGAAAAGUAAAACUCAGACGGAGCCAGAAGUUGUUUCAGAUGUCCCAGAGCAGUUUACAGUUGUCCCUGAGGUUGAUGCUGAAGUGCCUGAUGACUGGUGUGCUCCACUUUGCGAUGAUACAGCGACCAAGCCAGAGGAGGGUUUUUGUCCCAGCGUAAGGCUGCGACAGUUUUCCAUUCCUCUGUACCCUGUCCCACUUCUUAAGUACGAGCAUUUAUACUCUGUCAGACAUGGAGCCAGAGUCAACCUUGGCAAACAGGUGGACAUGGGAGCCAUAACCCUGGGGAGAAAUCUUGGAACCAGGAGAUCCACAAGAAGUUCUACACGAAAAGAAAAGGAAAAGCCCUACCAAGAUAAAGACCUAGCCGUAUGUCACCAAAGCAAUCGCCCUCCAAAACUAAGUGGUGACCUCAAAAGAUUAUUCCAAGGUCUCAACACGAAUUACUCCAACCUUAAAAGUUUGGGCCGUCUACGGAAAAGGAAGAGUGAGGGAUCUUUUGGUGAUGAAGAACAAAAAGAAAAGAAAGAGAAAGAGGACUUAUCAGAGCAGAAAAAUGAGGAGAAACCAAAAGAAUCCGAACCAAGUGAAUCCAAGGCAGCCAUUCUGCAGGCAGUGAGAAUGCAGAGCAAAGAAGCAUUCUCCUGUGGAAGGUGCAAAAAGUCAUAUCCAACAAAACCUGGCCUGCUUGUACAUUUGCAUGCUCAGGUGAGUUGCGGGGGCUGCAACAUGGUCUUUUGCUUCCAAGAGGCUCUUGACUACCAUAUACGAUUUUGUGAAAAGCACAAGGCAUUGAUGAACAGAAAUCACAAAGAAGAUGAAAAGAUGGUUACUGGUGAAGGAAAUGUACUUAAUUCCAGCAAAUUGAUCAUAAAAGAAGAGAGGCCGAAUUCUUCUGCUGUUAAAAGCAACACAUCCCGCGAAGAGUAUUCCUGCAAACACUGCGUCUUCAAGACUAAAAAUACCGGCAAAUGGAGAAAGCACAUGAAAAUUCAUGGUGGGAGGAUGAUAACUUGCAGACUGUGUUCAAGGAAGUUCUCUCGGAAGCCUUCUCUCAAAGCACACAUAACAAGAAUGCACAGCCAACGCACCGAUCCAGAUGACAAAAGAGGAGACCUUGGAUGGACAAAACCCUUGGAGGAUGUCGACGAAGACAAGAAUUGAAGAGACCCAGUAAAUAAAUGGUGUCUUCUAUAAAAUCCCAAGGGGACAUUGUAACCACACAGGAGAGACGCUCUCCAACUGUGACAAGUGACAUGCAACAUGUCGCUUCCUCACUCUUUUACCAUCCAUAGGAAGAAAUAUAGUUGGGCUGGAAAGAAGUGCAGCUCUGCUCUGGAGGAGAUCUCAGAAAACAGAAGGACUGAUGAGCAGCAGUCUCUUACAUCCACCAUGCUGUCUGUGUUUGUGCAAACCUGUAAAGAUUCUUUUAUUUCCUAAACCAUUUCAUUAAAACUGAAAGAUGUCUUAAAUUGCAGGACAAACUUAAAAAAAGAAAAAAAACCUGCUAUAGUUAGCUUCUGUGUUUCCUUGUUUUUCGUUUUUAUUACAGCUCUUAAUUGUCACAAAAAGACCUAGAUGUGAAAGCUGUAAAUGAAGCCAAAAGAUAUUGUUUGGUAAGAUAUUAGCUUUUUUUUUGUAUGUUUUCAAUUUGUUGGUUUGACUUAUUAUUUGACACAUCUUUGGUAAUGUUUUAUCCGUUUUGUAUGAUUGCAUUACUUAAUGUUCUUUAUCUGUGGAUCUUGUCACAGAACUGUUUAUUACCCGUGACAGGUGAAAAAGUUAAAUGUUAUUUAAAAUUGGGUAACUCGCUCAAGGAUUUCAUUUAAUUUAGUUCUAGUUUGAAAUUUAUAAGGAAGGUCUUUUUUUAUUAUUGGUUCAACUGAUAAUUUCAGUUUAGUUGUCAAAAAUUGGCCUCAUUUGAUUUUAAUGGGUUCUAUGGUUGUCUUAAACAUGAACAUACAGUUUGGGAUUUCUUUGAAAUAUUUGGAACAGUUGUAAAAUGUCUUAAAAAUUGAAGACUGGUUUUUACACAGACUCAUUACCUGUUUGAGUAUUUGCUGAUUCCCAUUUAGAGCUUUGUUCCUCUAAGGAGUGCUGAGAUAAGAACAUAUAUUGCAGUUUUUUAAAUAAAACGUUUGCAUGUUUUUCAACCACCCGUUUGAUUUAUAUUUGUAUUUGAAAUUGUUAUCUCUUUAAUAUAAAUCAAAAAUAUUUUUAACUGCGUUACUCUCAUAUAUCCUGCCUACCUUUACCCGCUGCUGAACGGGAUUUCACGUUAUCGCGAGAUUUGCUGCCAUAGAAGCAUGGAGGCUGUGAGGGGUGUUUUCCACGCUCAGCUGGCCACCGUCAUGGAUUCCCUGCUCGCUGCCGCCGUUUGCGAGAUCGCCAAGAUCUUCGAGAGCAGCCUGUGCGAACAGCAGGCGGAGCUGGUGCAGAAAGCGGAGGAGAUCUCCAUGCUUCGCUGCAGGCUGGAGAAGAUGGAGAGGAGGUACAAAGCCAAGGAAGGGGGCACCGAGGAGGGAGAGCUGUCAUCAGGAGUCAGAGAGGGCAGUCUGAGGCAGCAAACCCAGACAGGAUCAGUGCUGAAUGGGGAUAAAAAUUCACCUCACUCGGAGCCAGAGGAGGAACUCCGCAUGCUGAAAGAAGAGGUCACAGGGCAGGAAGGAGCCUCCAUAAAGAACGAGCCGGUUAGAUCACGGUCUGUUACAGGCCAACCCACAGAUGGUGACAUUUGCAUCUCCCAAGCUGGCUAUGGCUCUCCCAAGCCUGAUUCUGGUCUACUUCAAGCAGGAGACUGGACUGGACUGAACUCGACCCGCGGUGGUGUUUCAGGUCUGGAGAACCCGCACGGGGAUAGAAAUGUCUGCUCUGCUACAGCUAGCAGCAGCAUUGGCAACGACCCUUCAUGUUUCCAACCUGGUUUCGGGUCGGAAGAGACCAGCAAUGAAGGUGACGCCUCAUUUGUUUUUCUGGACCAAGAGUCUGAGAACCAGAACUCAGAGGAGGGCUCAGAAGAAAAGGAGGCAGAUCUUAUACCAGCCACCUCUGCUGAAGCGCCAUGGCGACCAAGAGAUGAGAGAGUCGCAAGAGGUCACGUCAAUCACGCUCGAAGGAUCACUAAUGUUGCUAGCAGAGACCCGCUGCGGCCACAGUUGAACGCUCAGCUCACUCUUAAUCACCCCACGACCCCCGCUGGAGGAAACGGUCGCCCUUACUCCUGCCCGUACUGCACAAAGUGUUUCACCUACCCUUCCCAUCAGCGCAGGCACCUUCUGCGGCACACUGGCGUCAGACUGCAUCCCUGUCAGUUCUGUGACAAGAGCUUCCUCACGCCGUCAGAGCUCACCGUGCACACUCGCACGCAUACGGGGGAGCGGCCUUUUGGCUGUGCUCAGUGCGGCAAACGCUUCGCCCGCAGCGGCAACCUGAGAGCCCACCAGCGAGACGUCCAUAUGGGGAAGAGGCCCUUCGCUUGCAUAGAGUGUGGAAAGAGAUUCGCACACAGGGGAAACCUGAGGGUGCACAAUCACAGAGUUCAUCAAGGGGAUCCGUACUAUACUGAGGCUCAACCGGAGCCUGACGGCAACCAGAAUGCUAUAUAAAAACAGCUGAAGAUCAAGGUUAUUACGCAUCACCUUUGCAGCAAUUUGGAACAAUUUCUGACGUUUGUCUACGUUUGACUCUGUCAACCAAUUUAGGUCAAAUAGAUUUGUGAAUGAACAGUUAUAUUUAUCUGGAACAAAAAGGCUGCUGAUGUUAAAGAAAAAUAAAAACUAUUGGGAUUUGUUUUCCUUUUUAAACAUACUCUGCUAUUCAUUAUUUAAAGCGAUUCGUCUAUAAGAUCACAUUUGUGGAUAAUCGAUUGGUACUACAGCUUCAUCAAAAAAGUGUUUCCAGAAAGUCUCCUUAAAAAGGGAAAUUCAACAUAGAUUUUACAUAGAUUAAUUAUACCCAGAGCGAAUAUACAUUUCUCCUAUUUUAUUCAGUCUUGAUGGUCGUGGCUUACAGCUAAUAAACCCAUAUUCAGUUCCUCAUAUUAUUAGACAAUCAAAAGAGCUUAAUAAACCCAUUUAUGUCCGGCCAUGUUAAUGGAAGGUAAAGGUGUGGUAGAAAAAGGUGCUUAUGUUAAUAGAUUUGCACACCCGUAAGAUAACUGACUGACUUGUGCUUGAAAUGUUUGCACAGACUUGGAGGGCCAUGUCACCUGGCAGCAUUGGUCUUUGGUUUCACAAACACAACAUCUGAUAUUAACAAGUCAGAGCAGCUGUUUAGUGAAAGAUUUUAGAGCAAUAUAUUUUUUAAGAAGCUUCAUGUAGGUUGUUAUUUUAGAUCUGUUAACACUGCAAGGUCUAUCACAGGACUUGGUUGAUCAGAAAACUGACCUGACUGAAAAUUUAGAUGGAAUUAAAAAGUUAGAAAAUGCUUCGAUGUUUAAAUUCCCUCAGAUCGAUCUGUGCUCAUCUGUCUUUUCUUUGAAUAUAAAGAAACGCAUUGCUAAAAAGAACAAAGCUCUUCUUCAGCUGAACAUUCAGUGUUAGACUAGUCAGAAAAAUGGUUCAAAUGAUUUCCUUAUUUUAUUUUAAGAAGUGUAAAUGUAAAGCAAUCACUCAGUGUGGCACAAAUGCAGAGUUUGCACUCCUUUGGACUCCCUUGUUUGAUCAAUUCUAUUAGAGCUCAUGAUAAAAAAAAAAAAGAAAUAAAAAAUGAUUUCUCUUAUCCUACAUUUUCUUUAUUUUUGGUUAACAGGGCACGUAAUUAAUAAGCAGCUGUGUAAAUGUUAUCACAGUUUUGUCACUCCAUACCUUACAUGGAGUGCACUCAUUUUAUUUUGAUAAUACUUUUCUUUCUUUUUCCAAAAUCUAAUAGUUAAAAUUUGAAUGCUACUGUUUUUUGUAUGUAAUAGAGCUAGAAAUUAUUUUCUAGAUCUAUUUAGGAUUUAUUUCUUUUCUACUUGCACCUAUAUUUAGAAUAUUUUUCAUUCGCUUCAUUUAUCUCUCCAUCUACAGGCUUGUUAUAUAGUCGGUAUUGUUUAAAGUUAAAAAUUACAAAGUAAUUUUGUUUUUCAUUCAUCACUAAGUGAUUUUAUAAAUGUCAUUUUCUUGAGCCAAUUUAUUUUCUUUAAAGCAGAUUAUUUAACUGCUCGAUGAGAGUGCUUCUUUUUAAAAUGAUUUUAAUACCAAGACAUUUGCACUAUCCCUUUGCAGAAAACUACACGUCAGGUUUAUUUAUAAACGCUCUUGUGAAAUGCUUUGAUGUAGCAGACCAAAUGUCUGAGACUGUCUCCCUGUUUUCAAGUAAAUUUUGCAUCCUGGGAUUUUCAUCUACAAUAAAUAAAAAUGGGCAGCGAAGUAUGUUUGUUGCAGUGUUUUUGGGAGACACUAGGGGGCAGUGCAAAUACAAGCUAAGGUCUGCAGAAAUGUCUCCAGGCAAAUAUUGUGAUGAAAGUGUUGCUCUCAGCAGGUUUUUACCUUGUGUCCUACAUCUGUCACUUCCUUCCCUCAUACAUGCACUCAUGUGUCAUGGAAGGUCAAUAAUGGAUUUGUUUAAAUUCACAUGUUUGUUCAAAUUAAAAUGUGAAAUGUUACUUUCUUUACCCUCACAAAUGCUAACUUUUAUUCACAAGUAUGCAAAAUGUGUAAGUUUCAUUCUCAUUAUUGUAUUUGGAAAAUAUGUUUUUAUUUUGAUUUUCUGCAUACUAGAGAUGCCCAAUAAACAUUUUGUUUUUUUCAGA